CGGCUCUGGGAGACGGCCUCUGGCCGCUAUAUCCAGGAGCUGAAAGGCUAUAGCGACUGGGUCACCUCUGCCGCGUUCUCGCCCGACGGUACUCAGGUAGCCUCGGCAUCGCGCGACCAGACCGUCCGGCUCUGGGAGACGGCUUCUGGCCGCUGUUUGCAGAUACUCAAUAUUGGCACUACGUUGUCUAGCAUCGCCUUUGACUCUACGAAUAGUCUUCUCACAAACAUCGGAUAUAUUAACGUUAGCUUAUCAUCAGCAGUAAGGGAGGCUAGCCUUAGAGACGCCGACAUAACGUCUUACCAGUCUAUCACAUCGGAGCAACACCAGGCUCUAGUACGGGUCGGGGUCGGCUUAAGCUCGGACGGUUCCUGGGUCACACUUGAUGGUCGACGCAUUGUGUGGCUUCCCCCCGAAGUCCGAUUAUCGGAGUCGGCCAUUCUAGGCAAGACAGUCGUACUUGGCAGUAGAUCAGGCAGGGUUACGAUUAUCGGCUUCUCUGUAGAUAUAUCACCAUUCUGAAGUACAUUUCUGUCUUCCUUAUGCUAUUAUUCCCACCUAGCGUAUGUAAUAUAUUUUAAGGUUCUUCUAAUCUAUUAUCUAUAUUUGUUUUACUAGCUUAACACCAUAAGGGCCUAGGAGGAUAAGUUAAUUCAUAGAUUUAAAGAAAUUCUAGGACUUUCCAG